CAAGUCCUUGUAUUCUUAAACAAUUCUAAGACCUCACAACAGCGAUCAUAAAAGAACAAUGGAAAAGCGUGCGUACAGUACCUGACCUCCGAGGGAAGGUGGUUGAAACGCGUUCUUGAAUAGGUACUUGCAACUUACACUCUACGCUCGGGGACUCGGGUUGCUCACACUUUGGACUACUUCGUGCAGCAUCAACUGAACAGAAUUACACCAAUCAUUAGUCGUGACCGUUGGUGUACGCAAUAGCCCUUGCUUCUUAGCAACCGAACAAUAGCUCACCCGUGGUGGUGCGCAUGCUCAUUGAGCCCACCGGGCGACUGUCUGUAACGCGAUAUCUGGACGCGUUUUGACCGUCACUGUAAUCUACUCGAGGAAGGUCUAAGCCUCUUCGACCAAUAACACAUAUAACGCAACAUCCUCCAUAUCAUCAUGGUGUUUUUUCCUCGAUACUGGGAAGGGCUUCGUUACCCUCCGGGCUACCUCGCCACCCACGACGUUGACUUUGACGUCGACUUCGAGAUGUCUGAGACUUCGUCUUGCGAGGAUGAGGUUGCAGAUAAUCCUGUCCCACUCCCAGAUGCUUUCCGCAGAAGGGCUCGAUCUGAACCGAAGCGCAGGAAGCCUCUUGUCUCAUUGGAACCUCGUCUCAAUGCCACUGCGCCGACGCCGAUCGAACCCUGUCUUGGUGCAGUGAAACGAGAGAAGGGGUACAAGGAUCGGGCAGUGAAAGAAUUCCUGAGAGCACAAUUUCAAGACAAGACCGAUGUUGACUAUCCAGUCCUCGACUUCGUGUUCCACGUCUUCAAAUUCAAUCCUGAAGAUAUCCCCCUUGUCGAGGAUGGGUACGAAUUGGAUGGGGAGAAUUGCCAGUGGUAUGCGAAGAAAUGGUACAAGCGAGAUGACCACGUAGAUGGGCAGACAGUGAGAGGAGAGAGGGCGUGCUGCAUUGCAUUCGAGAACAUCAUGCACGGCCUUUGUUGUCAAUUAUCAGCCGCCUCGGGUAGUGACACUCCAAGCUCCCAGGGUGUGUUCAAGUUCCUUCAUGAUACGACGCCGAUUGGGAAUUUUGCUCGAUUCAAGCCUGACUUUGCGUAUGGGCCGGAUGUCGAGCUUCGGGACCAUACAUGGGCGUUCUGGGGAGCAUACGGGGAGUUGAAGAAGAAACAUGUGACGCUUGAUAUGGAGCCAACGACUCGAUUUAUUGUCACGAAGGAAAAGAUUCAGAAGCUCCGUGACGAAUGGAAGUCACGACAGCCAAUGGAGAGGAAAGAGAUGCCAUUAUCUUGCAAUCCUGCAACAGAAGCUCAGAUAGAGCCAGAUCCAACGAUGCCUUCGUCCACGCGUAAACGAAAACCAGUUGCACCCCUGGAGUCCUCUACUGUGAAAAGGGCUAAGACUUCACCGAGUCCAGGCAGCUGGGAUAGGACCAGGACGGUGAAGCUGACAGCAAACCAUGUCCAGUCUGCCAAGUACGCCAACGAGCUCUUAUCCCACGGAAUUCGCAACUAUGCUGCCGGCUUCCUGGUGGAAGAGACGAGUAUCACACUAUGGUAUGCGGAUCGUAUGGGACUGUCCAAAUCACAAUCAUUUGACUUCUUCAAGAACCCUGAGUUGUUUCUCCUGGUGUUGGCUGCGCUCCACUUCGGCAGUCGUCACAAGCUAGGAAUCAACCCGCUCAUCGAGUAUCCACCGGAUGCUCUCCAGACACACGACGGCGCGAUCCUGAAGCUCCCUCAUGCUCGUGAUAUCAGCGGGAAGAAGUUGGACGAGACGCUAACAUUCCAACUGCGAGUUUCAGAGGAGCAUCCGCUUUCGGUUGCGUAUGGUGCUCUCGGACGUGGUACGACUGUGAUUCCCAUCAAGGCGGAAGGGCGUGCAGAGGAGCUGUUCGGGAGCGACGAUCUUGUUGCGAAACUGGCUUGGCAGCCAUUGAAUAGGUGCAACACAGAGGAUGGGUUGAUCCGGGUUAUUCGGAAGAAGUUGAGUGAACAUGACGAAGGACGUUUAUGCCUGAAGAAUAUCACAGAUCUGAAGUGCUCUUUGGAUAUGAGUGACGCGGAAUUAGGCCUCCCGAGGGCGUUCAUGGGUUUGCCUGAGCCGUACGAACCUCGACUUUUCCGCGCUUUAAUUGUGAAAGAGUAUAUUCCCCUGGAACACGCCCGCAGUCCUGAGGAGUUCAAGAUUAUAUUUAUUGACGUUGUGAAAGCCCAUCACUGGGUAUACGAGGUCGCUCAUAUCAUACAUCGUGACCUCAGCAUCAGUAACGUCAUGUUCCAUCGCAAUCUCGCUGGGGAAGUUGUCGGUGUACUAUCGGAUUGGGAUCUUUCUUCCUUCAGGGAUGCUCUUUUGGUCCUUGACGAAUCGGAGAGUGAUACUCCUGAACUAGAGGAAACAACUAGCAAUGAGCCAUCGAAGGUCACCCAUCCAAUUGAUCAUUCUGCGGAGGAACCAGUCAAGAAAGAGAAGCCGAAGUCUCCUCGGAAGCCACGAUAUAGGACGGGAACAGGACCAUUUAUGGCGCUGGACCUUCUGAACGCCGUCCCGAUCACUCAUCGUUAUCGUCACGACCUCGAAUCUUUCUUCUACCUUCUUUGUUACUUUUGCGCUACCUUCAAGCCUCCGAAGUCUCCGAGGUCAACAGGCAGUUUCAGGUUCCUUUCUGGAUGGGAACAAGAAGAUCUGAGGAAAGUCGGUUUAGCGAAGAAGCAAUUCCUGGACAAUGCUCUACCGGAGGGGGUCGACCCAAAAAGCACUGAAAACCCUUUUGAUCUCUUCUUUUCCCAAACUCAUAAAGCGUAUCGUCCACUGAUUUCGCGGUGGAUACGACCCCUCUGGCGAAAGUUCAGGGAGAUGCCGAAGAUAACUCAAGAACUUUCGAGUACCCAUGGUCUAUUGCGCAUGGAACAGCAAAUAGGAGACAUCGAAGAAGAGAAGACCGUCAGAAGGAAAUUGGACAAGAUCAUAUCUGACGCGGACGAGGAGUUUACUUUUGAGAGCUUCAUAGCUAGGCUAGGGUGACGAGAUUGUGCCAGCAGGAAUAGUGCCCUAUGUGAUAAAUGUACUAGGUCGGUAUAGAUGUCGGAUGCAUACUUUCAAGUUGCAACUUUUGGUUUCAGGGUUUGUGAACGAGUGCUCUAGUGCUUUCAGCCCAACUGCUGUUCAAGCUUCAAGCUUGGAUGUGAAUGACCGAAUGACGCCGAAUGUUGGCCCUAGGGAACUCUUAAUGUCACCAAUGAGAUAGAUGAGGAGCAUAAGUAUCGAUAAGGUCUGGUGGUCCGUCAAUUACUGUAGAUGGAGAUUUCAGGGGAAGCUAUGUAACGGGACCUUACAACGAAGGUAAUUGUGCAGGAUCGUGGGUAUUGGACGUGUCGAAGAUGGCAACUGAAUCGUCAGUGAGGUAAUGCUUGCGGCGUCAUACCUUACGGACCAUGCCAAAUAGAGCAAUUACUUGUCUGAAUUGUGUAUGUAAUGUUGGAAUAUGGAUGAAGCGGCGAGCGUCGCUAUGCGCAA